CGUGUGGUAAGAGGGUUCAUGAACGUUUGUGAUAAUGUAAGUUUAUUUGUUUAUAAAGUAAUAAGCUUGCACUUUACUAUUAUUUUACAAUGGAGCAUGAUCAAGAGGAUUCGUCAAAUGAAGAAAAGGACGUAAAACCGAUAAUAUUCCCGAAUCCCACGACAAAGAGUCCAGAGACCAUUGGUUUGUCUCCAAGCUUAGUCAGCGGUCCUAAAAAGUGGUCGCCGAGAUUACUGCAAGAUGGAAACCGAAAAAGCGCUUUCCUUCCGUACAAACAUACCUACACCUGCAACACGGUGUUAACUAAUCUACAACGUGGUAACACUCAAGCCGAAACUCCCGUCCCUCAAUCUACCGAAAUAAAUUUCCAUAUGAAAGCAGGGCAAGGAGAACUGACGGAACAAGAUAUUUUACAAGAGGAUGACGUCGAUAUUUGCGAUAAAAACAAUUUAACUGCUUUGCAUUGGGCUAGUGCUUACGGACAGUAUAGCACUGUUCAGCUCCUUCUGAAGCAUGGAGCUAGCGUUAACAAGCUGGGCCCUGAAGAAGAGUCACCGUUGAUUUUGGCUGCGAGUGGGGGGCACCAUGAAGUUGUUAGACUUCUUAUCAACAGCAAAGCUGAAGUUAACCACGUUGACCAUCUGUGCAACACUGCUUUGAUGUACGCUGCUAGAGGGAACCAUCCCCACACUUGUCAAGAACUACUCUCGCACGGUGCUGAUUUUUCCUUUGUAAAUUUGAAUGACGAUACGGCUCAUGUGAUUGCCGUUGAUAACAGCAGCACAUUGGCUCAAACGGUUAUUGAAAAUUUUAUCAUUGCAAGGAUGGAAGCUACUGGUGAAUCGUCUUAGAAUGAAACUGCAUUUAUUUUGUAAUAAAUUGUUGGUUUAUGAAAAUGUCGAUUUCAUGAACAGUUAAUACAAAAAUACUAGAAAAUUGUAUGCCAUUGAUAAAAAUUGUGUAUUCUGUUGAUGAAUUAUAACUUCU